AUGCCGCGGAAGCCCCGUUCGCCGCCGUUUCUUUUCCCAACCUCUGCCACUGCCGCUACCGCUGCGACAACGAGGAGAGGGGCGACGACGCCUGUGCACCAACGUCAGCUGCAAUCAGGCGCCUCAGGGCUUAGUACACCGUCGCCCUCAAAAGCGAUUGUGUUUGAGAGGACGCACGCCCCCGUGGUGGAGAAUGCAACAUUGCCAGAGGAAACUCUCCGCGCGGCACGUCAGACUCGUAGCUUAUUUCUUUGCUGUCGUAAUCUUUUCUCCUUUAGCCACAUUCGCCACCUGGAGCACAUGACUCAACUGGUGUCACUUAACGUGCACAUGAACGCCAUUUCACGCAUAGAGUGUUUGGGACAUUUGCAGCAACUCACCGAGCUUGAUGUGAGCGCCAACGAAUUGCGUGCCGUGGACGAAGACGCGUUUAAAGGGCUCCGUCAUUUAAAACGUCUCAACCUGUCAAGUAACUUCUUGACGGUUAUCAACGGUUUCCAGCAUCUUCCGGCACUGGAAUGGCUGUCGCUUAGCUUCAACGAGCUUGAAGAUGUGCGGGGACUCCGUCGACUACCGUGUCCACAGCAGCUACUUCAUCUGGACAUCUGCGGGAAUAAGCUGGCCGACCUGACGGAGAUGGAGAGUUCGCUGGAGAAUUGCCGCGAGCUUCAGGAUCUUCGCGUGGAAACACCAAAGACGGCGCUGGUUUUGCCGGCAGCACCUCCACAAUUGCAUCUGCGUGAAAACCCCUUUUGUCUUACGGAGCCCAACUACGCUGAGCGACUACUUCAGCGGUUUCAGCGACUUGUGGUGUUGAAUGGGGUCACGUGCGGCUGCAAUCCUGCGGCUGAAACACGAUGGAGGAAGCAUGCAACAACUUCUGCGGACUGCGAUGAGCGACUCCGCUGGCACCCGCUUGACAUUACUUCUCCUACGCUUGUAAGUCCUAAUCUUACUUCGUCGCAGCGGUGUACGGAAGCCGUCACAUGUGACGCCCUUUCGGUGGGUGUGGCUCCAGCGAGUGUGCAGUGUGAGGCUGAGAAUGCGACGUCUUUGUCGACGUCUACUACGGGCCCUAGUAGCAGUGACAGCCUCUGCCGCAGUGGCCUCAAAAAGGAUAGAUUGGAGGGUCGUACUGCGUUCCCCGCAUGGCGUGCAAAGCGGGUGUCGCGCUCCGUGCUCACAAAGGUGUCUAUCCCGCUUUACAAGGAGCUUCAUGUCUCAGGCGUGGAGGAGGGAGUACUCCAAGAGGAGCUGCGGGCCAAAGACGAAUUUAUUGAGCACCUUGAGUUAAAGUUUAAACGCUCCCAAGAGCAUCUAUCACUUCGUGUGGCCUUGGAAGAAGACAUGCGCCGCAGCUUCGAGGAUCUGCGACAGUCGCACAUUGCCCUUGUAGACUCAACCACCACGGAGAAGAAACGUCUUUGCCGUCAGGUAACGGCUUUGAAAGAUGAGCUUUCACGCCGCUCUGAGGAGGCCGUGAUUCUGCAGCGAAAAAAUCGGGUUGAGCUGGAAGAGCAGGCAAAGGCGUUGCAUGCUGAUCUGCUGCGACAGCGUAAGGAGUCAGCCGCGGCAGUGAGGCAGCUGGAGGAGGAGGCUGCACGGGUGCGUCGGGAAGCGGGCAACGAAGUCAGAGAACUCAAGACACGCCUUGAUGACGCCGCUCAGCGGAAGGAAUGGCUGGAGCAGCAGAACGAAAACGCACAGAUACAACUGAAGAAGUGGCAGAAUGAAUCGCAUAACAACAAGGCGGCGCUAAUGGCGUGCGAAAUGCAAUUGCAGUUUAUUGACAAAAGUCAGCAUCUACAGUUAGAGGAGUCUAUGACGCGACGCCAGCUGGAGUUUCUCGCAUGGAGCAGACUUGUAACCGCGGUAGCCGCGCAACUUCACCUGUUGCAGUGUGAAAAUGAGUCUGUCUUGCUCAACCUAGAGAAUAGUGCGAAAGCGUGGGAGGAGUACGCCAGUUCGUUGCAGCAGCAUUACCGGGAUACGCUAUUGCAGUCACAGACGACAAAAAAAUUAUUACCAAAAUGCACUGAUGCCGGUUGUGAUCCGAUCGGUGAUCAUUUUUCGCAGCAGACUGAAAGGGAGGAGGAGGUGCGGCGACUGCAAACCGCCCUCUCUCUCACUCGUCAGUCGGAGCAGCUAUUGUCCGUUGAAAAUGAGCGUCUCUUGAGUUGUGUGGCGGACAAGGAACGCGGGUUAGCGGAGGCGUCGCAGCAGCUUCAGCAGUCUGACGCAGAGGCACGAAAGAUGAAAGAGGAUCUGGAGCGGGAGCGUGACAAUCUGCUGCGUACUCUCCACAAUCUACGCGAGACGAUACAAAACAAAGAUGCCGAGUUUGACGCGCUGGAGGCGGAGGCUAAACAGAAGAUUGACGAGAAGCGAUCUACCAUUGCCAAACUGGAGACACGCCUUGAGGAUGCAGAGGAGGAGGUGGCUAAUCACCGCCACGAGGCCGCAAACCUCCGCGGGGCACAGGAGGAACUAAGGCGCGUCACUGCAGAGCUUCAGGCGGUGCAGCGGGAGCGUGUGGCGGCUGCAGCCACAGCCUCAGCGGCGCCAUCUUCUCAUGUGACAGAUAUUGUGGAGGCGUUGGAGGCUACAAAAGAAAAACUCUCGUCUUCUGUAGUGCGGGAGCAUCAACAGUCUUUGAAGCUGGCACGGGCUGCGGAAGCCUUGACACUUCUGCGUAGCCAGCUGGCGCGGGUGGAUGAAGAUAAUCGUCGUCUUCGAAAGGAGCUUGACGAGAAGGUGACUUUGCUACGUGCAUCAGAAGCGGAGAAGGACCAGCUGCAAGCACAGUGGAGGGAAACACAGGAAGCAGCUCGCGUUCGACAGCGGGCAACACUGCAGGCGAUUUCCCAGAUUAUGGUAAGUGAUACUGAGUCUGGACACUGA